AUGCCUAAUGGCCAGAAUGAGGUCGACUCGUCGAACAUCCCAGAUGCUGCUAAGAGGGCCGCGCAGGAGUUGCGCGAAGAGGCGCAGGACCUCAGAGAGGAGGCCAAUAAGGAGUUCGAGGAGCUUGAAAGAAACGGCACGAUCGACAAGUACAAAGACAACGCUGCGGGGAUCCUCAAAAACGUCGCGAACCGCGCUUCCGCCGCCGCGUCCUACGUUGCGACCCGCGUUAAGACCGUGUCUCAGCGCGUCGCAUACGAGCUGCGCAACCCUGUGGUCAUUGUGAACGCAGCCCUUGGUGUCGGUCUCGUCUCCACGCUUCUGAAAGGCUACACGAAGAACCAGCGCUACCUCAAGGGCAAGUCCGACUCUGUCAUUCUCUCCACCGUUGUUGGCGCUACUGCCGCUGUCGCCCUAGAUGUGUACUUGUCCGGCAAGUACUACCAGAAGUUUGACCAGAAGUCCAACAAGAAGAGAUUGUAA